AUGCGCUGGGGCUUCGACAACCAACCGCGAGUCCCCUCCAAACGCCCCAUCACCGCACCUCUACCCGUCCCCAGCUUCAACACCCUAUCCUCUAAACCACCACCACCUACAUCCUCGUCCCGCCCCCGCAAGCAACGAAAACACAACCAGCUAGGCCUGACGCCGAAAACGGAAGAGCACGAGUCAAGCGAGGAGGAUGUAGACGCAGACGUGGACGAGGAGGUGAAGCUGGCAGGGUCGGUGACGGGGGAGCUGCGGUUCAGUUACAGGGGGCGCACGUCUACGCUGGGCUCUACGGCGGAGGUGGCAGCGUGGAUCGAGGAGAGGAAGAGGCGGUUUCCUACGCGGGAGAGAGUAGAAACUAAGAAGGAGGAGGAGAAGAGAGAGAAGGACAAGAGAGAAGAGAAGAGGCAACAAGAGAGAGAAGAGGAGAGGAAGAAGAAGGAAGAGAAGAGAGCCGAGAGAGAACUGGCGAGGGCGAAGGUGGACAGGCUGAGGGAGAAGCUGGCGCGGCAGGAGAGGAAGCUCGCGCAGGCAGAAGACUAUACCUCUUCCAGCGGCAGCGACAGCGACAGCGACGGACCAGAACAAGCCUCCUCCCGCCGCCAACGCCCCGAUCGCGUGCCCCAGCCCGUGAGAGCAACAUCGAGAGACAACCCUGCUAAAGAGAGAGACACCCCAAGAGAAAAAGACAGGGAGAAAGGGAAGAAGAGAUUGCUACAGCGGCUGCUGCUGGGCCAGCGGGAGGAGGAGGAUCGCCGGGUGACGCAGGCCAUCCUCUCCCUGGGCGCCGCCGGCCUCCUCGAUACGGCGGUGGUGGCCGCAGAGUCGAUGGAGAACGCCUUCCAGGUGCCUCCAGGCGGCUACCACUUCACCGCCGGCCACCCGACCACCCUCACCUGGAAGCCCUCGACGCAGGGCACCGUCACCAUCAAGCUGCAGAUGAACAGAGACAUCACCCCGGGCUCCGGCAUCGUCCUCGGCGGAAACCUGCCGAACUCGGGGUCGUUCUCGUUCGUGCCCAUGGCCAGUCUGGUCCAGGGCAAGGACUACACCAUCGAGAUCAUCGACGACACCAACCCGAUCAACUACAACUUCACCCCGACCUUCACCGUCGACGGAGCCACGGGCAGGCCCUCGGGCACUCCCACCCCAACUCACUCUACCUCCUCUUCUACCUCUACCUCCGACUCUUCCACCAUGACCACCAUGACGACCACCACCACCAGCAGCAGCGAGACUUCUACGUCCACCGAGUCAUCCUCCUCUACGGAGUCGUCUACGGAGUCUGAGUCGUCUACUUCUACCGCCUCCUCUACCAGGACGUCAGGCACCAGCAUGCCCACAGGCAGCGCACCCGACCCCAACGGCGCCGUCUCCCUCGCCCUGCCUGGCGGUCUCCUCUCCGUCGUCCUCACUCUCAUGGCACUUCUAUAG